AUGGAAACGCCCUACGACCAGGAUUUGAACCCAGGGCCAGAUGAGCUCAAGUAUCACUGUAACACAAGGACAUAUUUUCUGAGAAGAGGCUACAGAUUGUGCAGAUCUUCAUCUUCGUCUUCACAGGAGUUUUUCUCCCUCCCUGAGAUUGAGCAACAGGUCUCUAGUUCUACACAACCACUGCAAGGUCUCCUGUCACCAUGUCCGACACUGAACAACUCCCAGGAGGAGUUAGUAGAAGUAGAAGUAGCCCCUGAGGCGGAAGCCCAGGUAGAAGCAGAGCCAGAGGUAGAACCUGAACCUGAGGUAGAGGCUGAACCCGAGGCAGAAGCCGGGCCACAGGUGGUGGUUCGUGAGGAGGAAGAUGGCUAUGAAGAGGAAGUGGAGGAGGGAGAUCAAGAUGAGGAGAAGCCAAAGUUUAAACCAACUGCUCCCAAGAUCCCUGAUGGAGAGAAGGUCGACUUUGAUGACAUCCAGAAGAAACGUCAAAACAAAGACUUAGUUGAGCUUCAGUCGCUGAUCGAUGCGCACUUUGAGUGCAGGAAAAAGGAGGAAGAGGAAUUGAUUGCUCUCAAAGAAAGAAUUGAGAAACGUAGAGCAGAACGAGCAGAGCAGCAAAGGAUUCGAGCUGAGAAGGAUAAAGAGCGCCAAGCCAGACGGGAGGCAGAGCGUAUCAGGAAGGAGGAGGCUGAUGCCCACAGGAAGGCUGAAGAUGAAGCUAAAAAAAAGAUUGCGCUGUCUAGCAUGGGAUCAGGCUUCAGCAGCCAUCUGCAGAGGGUGGACCAGAAAAGAGGAAAGAAGCAGACUGAGAGGGAAAAAAAGAAGAAGAUCCUGGCAGAGAGAUGCCAACCGCUAGCCAUCGACAAUCUAAGUGACGACAAACUGAGGGAAAAGGCAAAGGAGAUGUGGGAGUGGCUGCACAGCCUAGAAGAAAUUAAAUAUGACCACUGUGAGAAACUCAAGAGACAGCGAUAUGAGGUAAUCUCUCUGAGAAAUCGCAUCGAUGAGCUGCAAAAACAUAGCAAGAAAGGAGCUGCCACACGUCGCAGAAAGUGAGGUCUGUGCCAGUCAGACUGGAGAGGAAACACAUUGCUAAUGCUGGGUUCACCACACCCACAAGUACUUCCACUACUACAAUGACAGCUGGACACACGUUGCUCCGUGAAACUGGAUGGAUUUACCUAUACUCAAUACAUCAAAGGUUCAUCAUUAUACUUGUAUAAUGAUAGUGUUACUGUCCAGAAAAUAAAUAUCUGAAAUGAUUAAGCAUGUCUUGCUGUUUGGUUCAUUUUUAAACAAAUAAUACAGUUCAAAGCUUUUUUUUUUUUUUUUUUUUUUUUACAAAUAUUUGUAAUAUUUCAAACUUUAAACAGUCAGAUUUCUAUCCCUGGCAUGUGUACCACUGCACCAUCAGUAACUCUCCACAUUUCCAUCCGAGCCAUUGUGCCGCCGUGAUGACAAACGUUUUUUCAUAAUGGUGAAAGCUUUCCCUGCGAUUAGCUGCUGACCGGUCCACGGUUAACUCACCUCUCACCCAAAGGGAGUUGAAAUGAGCUUCAGUCCACUUAUUGUUGUUGAAAAUGGAUGGAUGGAUGGAUGCAUACAUGAACCAAUCAGUCUUAGACAGUUAGCAGGGCUUAAUUCUUGUGAUAUCAAGCCUUUUAAAAAAAAAUAAAAAAUCAGAAUCAUUGAAAAAAAUAUAGACAGAAAAAGGCCUUCAUUUCAGUUAUAUUCAUUACAUUUGCUGUGACAUUUGAGACUCAAAUGUAAAUUUAUUUUUCUCGUAUGGUUUUUUAACUUUAUUUUGUUACUUAGAUUUCCUAUUUCAGUGUGGAGUUUAGAUUCUGAGAAUAAAAAUCCAAGUUCCCACAAAGCUAAAUUCAUAACUCGAACCCUGAGUGCAACAUUUUUAAAAUGUCGGGUUUGAUUUUUUUUUUUACAUAGUUACAUAGUUUCAGAUAAAAAAUAUUCUUUAAUCAAUGUAUCCAUAUUCUUAGUUGCGCAAGUGCUGGAGGCUAUCCCAACUAUCUACGGGCAGGAGGCGGGGUACACGCUGAACUGGUUGCCAACUAAUCGCAGGGCACUGAGAAACAACCAUUUUCAUCACAAUCACACCUCAGGGCAAUUUAGUCACCAAUUAAUGCAUGUUUUUGGAAUGUGGGACGAAACUGCAGUGCCCUAAGAAAACCCAAGCAGGCAUGCGAAGAACAUGCAAACGCCACACAUGGGGGGAACAGGAUUUGAACCUCAGACCUAGGAACUGUGAGGCAGACACGCUAACCAGUCUAACCACCGUGUCACAGUUUAGGUAAUGUAUUGUCACUCAUAAAUUACACAUCAAAUCCAAAGCCUUUCAGUCAUUAUAUGCUGUGCAUACAACGAAAUGAUGAGGAACAUCCUGGGUAAAAAAAAAACAAAACAUAAAACAUCAAGGCACAGUUAUUGCAAAAUAAAAUAAAUGCACAAAAAUGCCGUUGCAUAAUAUUCUAUUACAGUACUGUUAUUUCAAUGGUUUGAGUUUGAGUUGAUGGCUCUGGGAGAAAAGCUGUGCUUGAAACUGGCUGUCCGUAUUUUGUGGAAUCUGUACCGCCUGCCAGAGGGCAACAGGUUUAACAGGUGAUGACCAGGAUGUGAAGAGUCCUUUACAAUAUUAGUGGCUCUGCUGUGAUAGCAGGAGUUGGCAAUGUCCUCUCGGGAGGGCACAGAGCAGCCAAUGAUCUUCUGGCAACUGUUGACCACUCUUUGCAGAGCUUUCCUGUCCGCUGCUAUACAUCCAGCAUACCACACUGUGAUGCAGUGAGUGAGGAUCCUCUCCACGGUGGUUCUGUAGAAAGCCUGCAGCAGCUGAGCUUCCAAGUUGUUGUUCCUGAGCACUCUCAGGAAUUGGAGUCACGUCUGCGCCUUUUUCACCACCGCAGUGGAAUUUACAGUCCAAAUGAGUUUGUCUGUGAUGUAGACUCCCAGAAAUUUGAGGGUGUGGACCCUCUCCAUGCACUCCCCAUUGAGGAGCAGUGGGACCGGGUCAAUACCGCACUUCCGGAAAGAUAAAUGUUAAUACGACGUUUUCGUGAUGUUUUACAACUGUGAGUAGCUCUAUUUUAAAGUUGUAUAAUUUGGACUUUUUCUCUUUCUUUUAAUUACUUAAACAGAACCCAUGCAACCACAGGGAGGAAGUGUAAGGGCCACAAAAAGUUAAGGUCAAAUUAAAGCAAUCACAGUAAAAACUAUCAGCACAUAAGGUACACAAAUCACAUACUACCUGUAUGAAAAUAUAAAAGAUAUAUGGAUGCAAGGGUUUCAAACCACAAUGGCCCUCACUCUAGUAUUUGAAAGUUGAGUCCACGAUUGAUGUUUGGUCCUCGUUGUAUACUCUAUAUUGGAAAGGUUGUUAGCGCGCAGCUUCAACGCGAACAAUACAGCACCAAUUUAGGUAGUAAUAUGUACUAAGAUACGGCUUGUUAAAUUUCCUAUAAGUCCUCUUACAAGUUAUAAAGUUACUCACGUUCGAUGUUUCUUUUAACAUCCACAAUUGAUCACAAACAUGUCUCGUUGUUAUCAAGCUAAAGUAAGGAAUACUAGGCGGAUAAGCAAGUUAAGUUGACGUUUCCACUCGCUCAACUUCUGAGUACUCACUACCCUCGUUGUAUACGGUACGUAGGUUUUGCAAGACGUGUGACACUAGUGUUUGAUGUUUUCCUCUUCAAUAAAUAUUAGAAAAAAGACGCUUUUGUUGUUAGCAGUCUGAGCUCAGCUAACUUGGGCCGAGCAGCUUCGACGGGAACGAUACGGCUCCAAUUGACCCCUCCAUACAGGGCACUUAAGCACGCCUCCUGAAGUCACGUCACCCCACUGUUGCUAACCUCAGAAAAACAGACAAAAUGGCGUCGGAGGAAGAAAAGUCGAGAGCGAUUUACCAGCUGAUUUUUCACUCGCAUUCUUACCGAAUAGUGAAAUAUCGUUGAAGAGCAGACAGCAGGGCUUCAAGUAUUUCAGCGAGGGGUAUUUCAAUGCUAUUUCCAUGCAUAUUGACGGAGAAACCAUUGAUAUUAGCGCGAGAUCUUUCCGGAGUCAGAGGAAGACCGAGAAGCCACAUAAUAUGAUAUAUUAUAACCCAAAGACGAAUUCGUCAUUGACAGUUUCCUAUUUUCGUGUUACCUAUCACACUUGUGUGCAGAAUCUGUAUGUGUAUCUGUAUAGCCGUUUGUAAACCGCCGUAUGAAGGAAAAGAAGAAGGUGAGGCUUGAUUUACGAGUUGUUUCUCUCGUUUUCUUUGUGUAACGUCACGCGCUCCCCUCAAUAAUUAUUCUUGAAUUAGUGCCGAACCUACGUAAGUCCCGACCGAGUACGACAAUCACUACUUUAGUGUCCUCAAACAUCCUUCCUUCAGUCUUGGUGUCUCGGUGCACGUCGAAGGCUUUUAGGACUCGCUAGUCCGGUUUAGCUUAGCUCGCUAGCCGCCAACAAAGAGACACGUUUGUGCAGUCAGGUCCUCGCAAACACAACACAGAUCAAGUGUGUCAAUCAUUCACACGUAGCUAUGUUAUGCAAGCGAAGAACUGCUAAUUCAUUUAUAUGAGACAUGUAUUGAAAAUUAAAUAUAGGGCUUACCUUUGUGCAAACACAUCUGUUCCGGUUGAUUUUAGAUGGAUUCAGUUGAUCAUGCGAUCUUCCACAGUUUGAUCCAUCGAAGACAUUUUUCGUACUCUGUCUUCUGUUUCAGUUGAUUUUAGGUGGAUUCAGUUGAUCAUGCCGUCUUCCACAAAGUUUGAUCCAUCAAAGACAUUUUUCGUACAGUCUUUGGUUUUGGAAAGGGUACAAAUUGAACUCCACCAACUAGCCUAUCAGGAUACCUGUCGUCACUAUUACAAAGGCCGUGACUACACCUCUUAACCAUAUCCAUUGUUAAGGAUCCCUAAGACGUGAUAAAAUGCAAACAAAAGCUCUACUGAACCAUGCGACUUUGUCUGAGGUUAUGGCGGACGACAGCAAGGGGUGUGGUUUAGGCACAUCUCUGGCUUCUGAUUGGUCAGCGACGCGGCCCAUGCAAUUUCUACGGAGGGGUCAAUUUGGGUACUAAGGUUGCACAGAUGGUGGUUUUAGUCCACUGAAGUCAUCGCCAGGAGUGUCCCACGUUGAGUAUUCACAACAUUCGGUCCAAAAUCAGCAGGUUUUAUUUAAUUACGAUCGGGACAGUUUGAAGACCGGAAUCAGAACGGAAGGAUUACUUCUCCCCCCGGCCCCCACAACUAUUGUUUUUUUUAGUAUCUCUAUACACACCUACCUGUCAUUUGGAACCCACGAAGCUCUCCUCCUUUGCACCUGUGCAAUCCAUUUUUCACGAAGAACAGGGUCUUUUCUAAAAGUAUGAAGAGUAAAUCCAUCCUCCCGAGUGUUCAAACAAUAUCCAGCAAUACCUACAAGCCGGCAUUUUGGCUAACACAGAGGAACAAAGCGCUACCUUCCAGCAGGUAAAACUAGUAUAAACAGACGAGCCAGCCUGAAUGCGCUGCCGCUUACUGCUUCUUUAAAAAAAAAAAAAAAAUCCUUCUACACUGGAGACUUUUUUGUAUGGUAUAGUUUUUAUAUCUUGAUCAUACUCAAACAAUCAUAUACUGAUUGUACUCCACAAGAGAGAAUGGAUCUGUGAUAUCAGAAACAGGAAAAGAAGUAAACUGUCAUUGUUGUAGAAACGUGUCAGAAAAGGGAAACCGACUAUCCAUUGUCUGAGCAUGGUAAGAAGCAAAUUAUUUUCACUUCUAGUUGAGAAUGGAGAGACGUAAAGCCACCUAAAGACAAAGGUGGACACAAUUUCAGGAGAGGACUUUUUGAAUAACCAUAAAAAUCUUCAUGACAUCCUAAUCUAGACAAUGCUUUUUCUCUUCUCAAAAUGUGACCUAAAAGCUUCCAUCCAUCCAUCAUCCAUCCAUCCAUUUUUUAAGCUGCUUAUCCUAACAAGUGUGGCAGGAGUGCUGGAGCCUAUCCCAGCUGUCAAUGGACAGGAGGCAGGGUACACCUUGAACUGGUUGCCCGCCAAUCGCAGGGCACAUGAACACAGACAACAGUUGCACUCACAGUCACAUCCAGGGGCAAUUUAGAGUGUCCAAUUAAUGUUUGUGGCUCAAAAAAGAUUGUAAAACAUUGAUUUUGGGUCCGUAAAUUCAGUCAAAUGUCCCCACCACACCACAAAGAUAGGGCUGGGAUUGAAUCCGGAUCCUCAGAACUGUUUAACUACGUAAUCAAAAACUUAUCGCUUAAAAAAAGUUAUCACAAACACAACACUAAGAUAUAGUACAUAUGUGAGCGAGUCAACAAAGCAACCAAUCUGUUUUUUUGGCUCCAUUGGUCCACACGUAACGCCGGGGAUGUCGCCUUAUAUCAGUGCACUUCAUGUAAUAUAGUACAAACUGUCAGCUUGGAUUGGUAGGAAACUGCAUGACAUCACAACGCAAAGCAGUUUUGGCCAUAAAACAAGCAGACAAGAAUGUUUGCAGUCUCUUUUCCAUGGGCAUCAUUUUGAACCCAGUGAAGGAGAGCCCAGCGCUGAACCAUUUCCAACCUGAUUGACUUUUUUUUUUAAUUGUUAAACCCCUAAACCGGCCAAAUCAUUAAAGAUUUACCUUCACCA